CUUAUAAUAAAGUAUUUUCUUAAAUAGUAAUCUCGUAUAAUCGUUCGUGUACUGGGGAUUUAAAGGUAAUUAGCUCGUUUUGAAUCUACUAACUGGCAUUAUUCUCAGUUCUCAUGAUUACAGGUUAAGAUGGAUUUCCACACACACCUGAGGCUCCACUCACCAGCAUGAAUCCCCGUGUAACACCCGGCUCAGAGUCAGUGGCAUGAGUUAAGUGAAAGCCACGACAGCUGUGCGGUUUUAAUCGAAUUAUCUCCGUUGUAAACAAGGUGCACUUGACACGGGAUGUGAAGUUGGCAGGGCCCCACGGGGGAUGGCGUCUGUGCCCGACUCGGUGGUCUGACUGUCGGGGAGAGGGGGAGGAUGCAGUGUGCCAGAGGGGCCUGGGCUGUAAAAGCUAUAUUGAGAACGGACCCUGUCCCUUUCUGUGAACUGGGGGAGAGGCGGGGUACAACACACACACACACACACACACACACACACAGAGUUGUUCGGAACCAUGACAGAAGAUGACGGAUCCAGUUGUCGCGGAGGGACAAGUCAAGUUUAGAGAAGGAAAAAAGUGGAAGACUCGGUGGGUCGUACUGAGGAAGCCUUCUCCGGUCGCAGACUGCCUGUCUCUGCUGGUGUACAAAGAGAAGAAGAAAGGGAAGGAGAAAGCCAGCGGCAACAAGGAGAGGCUCAAUGUAACACUGGAGGGGAUCUGUGGCGUGGAGCCAGGACCCGGGUAUGAUGGGGUAUCCUACAUCCUCUCCAUCCUCUGUCUGGCACACACGCUGGUCCUGGGUUUCAACAGCCGGGACGGCCUGCUGGCCUGGGAUGCCCGCAUCCGCUACAGUCUAGGGGAAGUCCACAGUUUCAGCAUCAAUGUUGAACCGGGUACUAAACUGGAAAGUGGCCCUGCCUCCCUCCACCUGUGCAACAACCUGUUGGUUCUCACCAGAGGUCUUCCUCCUGUCGUCACUGGUCACUGGAAGCUGUCGGCUUUACGUCGAUAUGGUGCUGUGCCAAAUGGCUUUGUGUUCGAAGGGGGGACUCGCUGUGGAUACUGGGCUGGUGUUUUCUUCCUGUCCUGUUCAGAAGGAGAGCAGAUCAGUUUCCUGUUUGACUGUAUCGUCAGGGGCAUCACUCCCCGCAGGGCCCUGCAUGGACUGCAACCUUCCUUGCCAGAUCUCGGGGCCGACCCUGCCUCAGCAGAGGAACGAAUCAGCCAGGAGGCAUCGAAGCUGGAGAAAAGGCUCAGCAUGUUGUCGCAGUGCAGCUUAGCGAGCAGCACAGCCUCCACUUACAGUUGCAGCACAUCUGUUGCUGGGGAUGAUCACAGCAGCAUCUCCAGCUCUUCCUCCAGCCAAUCAGAUGCAAGCUAUGGAACCAGACUGGCUUUUUGGGUGGAGCCAUUGGCUAGAUCGCACCACUCCGAAACAGCAUCAAGCUCCUCCACGCUGAAGGCUUUGACCAGUUCAGAUGACCGGCUGUUUGCUACUGUGAUGGGAGGCUCUGCCCAGCUCCACCCUCGUGGUCUCCAUGACAGCGGGCGGCAGAGCUCAUUAGACAGUGGGAUCGGGAUUGGGCUAGCGACAGGCAGUCAGUCAUCCUACUCAGGGAGCUUCUCUUCAUGUACAGGGAGUUUGGACAUGGCCAGUCAGGGCGGAGCCGAGGAGUUUGGGUCUGUGGCCAGCCUACCUGCUCCUCCAUCUUCACCUCCUCCUGUUCUUCCUCAUCCACCUUCUUCUCCUCCUCCUGCUUUUCAGUCCAUACUCGACUCAGGGCUCAGUCCUGUUACUUCCUCCUCCUGCUCUUGUGCUUCCAGAUCUAGCUCUAGUACAUCUCGUAGGCACAGUGGGGAGUACCAGAUUCCUAACCAGUUUAAAAUGUGGUACGACACCCCCAGAAGUCUGCUCCAGACCUUGUCCCUGAAGGACACCUCACACCAAGAAGGCCCACAUGAGCUGGGUAGGAACAGCAACUGCAGUGGGGAAGGAGGACGUAGUCUGGUAGAAGAGUUGAGCUGCAGACCCACAGGACUGAGGGUUCAGCAUCAGGCCACACUUCGGCGCUCACAUUCCUGGGACAGUGAGAGGGAGCUGUCUGUGGACAGUGAGGGGAGGUCCACACCCAAACCCCUGCUGGUGCCUGGAGGUUUGGUCUGUGGAGAAACACAGUGCAGUCAUGGUGUAGACAACUACAUUACACCAGAGCAGUGGAGGUCUGCCAGGGACAGCUGCUUGAUACAGGCUGCCAACCUGCCAUCAGGCCCGUCACCUCCUGCAGAUACACAAGACCCUCCUCUCAGCGUGAGAGAGGAACAUGAUGCCUGCGGAGGCGUUGGUAAUAAGUUCUGCUCAGCUAUGAAGAGGCUGUUGCCCUCUCAGCCGCCCUCUGCUCCUCCACCUCCACCUCUGACAUCAGCCUGCACCUACGGAUGA